GUGUGUGUGCGCGCGCGCAAUACAAGCCGCUUUAUUUUUGGAGCGUGACAUUCUCGCUGCCCUUUCGCGUUUGCGCUCGCGUGUAACCAACCGGAACAUAGUGUUAUUGCAUCAUGGACUGACUUGAUCGUCGAGGAAAAGCAAAGAAUCGGAGGAAACAAAAAAUCCACGACGGAUGCAUCAAGUUGCAACGGAGGUUCCUUGGAUAAACUGUGGAAACCAUCGUCAUGACCAAAGACGACGAGAUCCCUGACUGGGUGGGAGCUCAGGAGUUCUAUGAAAAAUAUGAUCCCAAGGAGAUUCUCGGAAGGGGAGUUAGCAGCGUGGUCCGGCGCUGUGUAAAUAAGCGCACAGCUCAGGAAUAUGCGGUCAAAAUCAUCGACAUAACACCGUCAGAUAAAAUGACGCCUCAAGAGAUUGAGGAAAUCAGGGAAGCCACAGUGAAAGAGAUCGACAUCCUGAGGAAAGUGUGUGGGCACGAGAACAUAAUACAGCUAAAAGACUGCUAUGAGACAAAGGCCUUCUUCUUCUUGGUCUUUGACUUGAUGAGGAAAGGCGAGCUGUUUGAUUAUCUCACCGAGAAAGUUACACUGAGUGAGAAAGAGACAAGAAAGAUUAUGCGUGCACUGCUGGAAGUGGUCAGCUUUCUUCACUCACAGAAAAUAGUUCACAGAGACCUUAAGCCUGAGAACAUCCUCCUGGAUGACAACAUGAACAUCAAACUGACCGAUUUUGGCUUUGCGGUACAGAUCGCGCCGCAUCAGAAGCUCAAUGAGGUAUGUGGAACACCGGGUUAUUUGGCUCCAGAAAUCAUUGAGUGCUCAAUGGAUCCUCAUCAUCCAGGCUAUGGCACUGCAGUGGAUAUCUGGAGUGCCGGUGUUAUCAUGUACACACUGCUGGCUGGAUCUCCUCCGUUCUGGCACAGGAAACAGAUGCUGAUGCUGCGUAUGAUCCUGGCAGGAAACUACCAGUUCACAUCGCCAGAGUGGGAUGAUCGCUCAGACACUGUCAAAGAUCUAAUUUCCAAAAUGUUGGUGGUGAAUUCAGAACAACGCUACACAGCCAUUGAUGCUUUAAAUCACCCAUUCUUUCAGCAGUAUGUUGUCGAGGAGGUGCGGCAUUUCAGCCCAUACAGGAAGUUUAAGGUCAUCUGCAUGACCGUCCUUGCUUCAGUGCGCAUUUACUGCAACUAUCGUCGUGCAAAACCCGUCACCAAAGACGUGAUCAAGAGUGAUCCCUACGCAGUAAAACCAAUUCGCAAACUUAUCGAUGCCUGUGCAUUCAAGAUCUAUGGACACUGGGUGAAGAAGGGCCAGACACAGAACAGAGCAGCCCUAUUCGAGAACAGCCCAAAGGCCAUUUUACUGUCUAUAGCAGCCGAGGCUGAGAAUCCAUCGUUGCGUACAUGGUAGACAAGAUGUCUGAUAUGAAGGAAAGUAGGGAAGAGUUUGAUGGAGAAGGUUACAAAUCUUUUUUUUUCUGGAACGUGUUGCUAUGCUACAUUUCGGGAAAACUGACUUGUAAUCGUAUUUUGGAAUGGCGUAUGUGCAAGAAUUUUAGUUAUAAUUUAUUUUAAAGUAAGAAGAGCACCUCUGAGAUGUACUGUAAAUGAAAUGCUCUAAAUUAUUAUUACAAUUAUUUGACAUGGAAGUCGAAAUAUUUGCUUAUCUGCAAUAUGGGUUUCUGCAAAAGGUGCAUGUUCAAACCUCAUCAAUAACCUUUCACAUAUUCCAGAUAUGUACAGUGUAGCCAGAAAUGGGUGUUUUAACUAUAUACUCAUACAACUAUUUGACUUGUUAGAUGGAAAGCAAAAGUUGGCAUUAAUGAAGUACAUACGACUUCAAGCGAGUUUUAUUUCACCCCUCUUAACUGUCAUGAGGCUAAUAAUAACCUGAAUGUUGCACAUGGAGCUAAAUAUUUAUAUAUGAAUUUCUGAAAGAAUUGUCUGUCUACCAGAAUCAUCCAGUAGUCUUGUUUUGGGAUCCAAAAUGCAAGCUGUUGCUAAUUGAGCAUCAGAUUGCCCUUUCUCAAAGUUCUACAAGCAUAAUGUUGUCUCCCAGUGGUCCAAACACCUUUCUAGUGCUAAAUCCUAAAAAGUGUGCUUGUCCUUUAUGACAUUUUGACAUACGUUAUCGAGGCGAUUCUUCCUGGCAGUUAGGAAAUGAAACACAUAAAGCAUUUCAGACAUUUUCUACAACCUUAAUUCACAUUGUCACAAUGGCAAACUGUGAGCAAGGCCUAAACACUCUGAGUUAUUGGCUUACGUUUAAAUAUUUGUUUUCCCAUGAAUAUGUAUUAAAUUAUUCCCAAUAGUC